ACCAUAACAUGUACAAUGACCUCGGUACGCCCGCUCCUCGCCAAGGUAGAGACAUCACCCGCCUUGCUUUUUCGUCAAUGAGCUCCUGAAAACGGUUCGACAGCCAUGGCCAUCGAUACUCCGAACCAGAAGCCGUCACAAUCCGAUAAGACGUUUUCUCCGUCAACCGGUCGAGAUGUUUACACACAACUUAACUACUACCGUGAUCCCGGGGACGGGUCUGCGCCCAUUCCAGUGGUCGUUGGGAGCGGCAAGGUCUCCAAUGAACGACCUACAGUUCCCGUGUCCGUGAUCAUUCGGGACAUGACCGGAAGAGAGGACUACUACAACCUUGACAGCCACGGCUUCCAGCUAGUGCAUCACGAGAGCCAGGAGAAAGACUUUGUCGACGAGCUCCGUGUCAACGGGGCGUAUUACACCGAGAUGGAGCAGCUGUAUAAGCAAGCCACAGGCGCUACUCGUGUCGUCAUCUUCGGCCACCGGGUCCGGCGCGGCCCGUCCGACUGGCACCGGCUAGGUGAAGGCAACGCGAAGAACCCCGGACCGCUGCAUAGAGUACACGUGGACCAGUCCUACGCGGGUGCCGAGCUCGUGGCGCGCCAGCACUUGCCGGCCGAUGAGGCCGAGACGCUCACCCGACGAGACCAAGGGAGCAGCAGAAGCAGCAGCAGCAGAAGCAGCAGCAACAGCCCUAGAAGGUGGCAGAUCGUGAACGCGUGGCGACCCAUCCGCACGGUGCGUAAAGACCCGUUGGCGGUGGUGGACGGUCGCAGCGUGGAAGAGACGGACUUGGCGGAGGCAUCGGUGAUGUACCGGGACGGCUCCUCGGGUGCUGAGCUCCUGAAGAGCCAAACGUGGGCGGUGCGGCCGGCAGGGGAGCGGCACCAGUGGUUCUUCAAAAGGGAGCAGAAACCGGAUGAAGUACUGCUGAUAAAGUGCUUUGACUCGUUGGAAGAGGAAGGGGUGGUACGGAGGGCGCCGCAUUGCGCAUUUGUUGACCCUGAAGCUGUUGAUGAGCCGUCGCGAGAGAGCGUAGAGGUCAGAGCUCUCUUGUUUUACGACUGAGCGGCCAAGGGCAGCCAUACAGCAAAUCACCCUAUCUGCAGUUAUUUAACGCUACUUCUUUCCGUUUGUCCUGUUAUUUUGGGCAUGGCCGGAGCGAGAGAGAGAGACUUGCGUUGUCUCUGGGAGAACGCAAAGACGCGUAAAGAAUGUUGAGAUGCGGGAAUGCUUCCGGCAUCUUUCUCGAAGAGGGUCAAUCGCUUUAGUGCAACCUUCGGCGAUAUAUUAGUUCGGAUCUUUAAGCCCUAUUGUAA